CUCCAAUCAAUGCCGCCAGAGCACCUGGCUCGGCCUUGGACCCUAUCAAAGGAUCCAAGCUACCCCGCGAUAAGACAUGAGCUGCCAAUUGACACUCGUCCGUGAGGUGUUCGAUAGGUGAAUUCAUCGACCCCUCCUCAGUGGCCAUGGAGUCGACUUCUUAAAACCAGACUGGCCACCUUAAAGAUUAAGUUUCUCAGCUCCCGGCGCCUCUCCAACCCCGCACCAAUCGUAAACUCGCGCAAAACAUCACUUAACCUGACCAAGGAAGAGACCGAGUAAAAACGAAUUUCGAGUUUCCAGUCGAAAUGGGCAAGAAGCGUGUUCUCGUUAGCUAUGGCGUCGACGUCGAUGCGGUCGCUGGUUGGUUGGGGUCUUAUGGAGGAGAGGAUUCUUCGAACGACAUCAGCAGAGGUUACUUUGCAGGAACUAUUGGCGUACAGCGAGUACUCAAGUUGCUUGCCAAGUACAACAUCAAGGCGACAUGGUUUAUUCCAGGACACAGCCUCGAGACGUUCCCGGAGGACAUGGCCGCGGUUCGAGACGCCGGGCACGAGAUCGGCCUUCACGGCUACUCACACGAGAACCCGACCGACAUGACCAUUGAGCAGCAGAGAGAUAUUCUCGACAAAACAUACCGCAUGCUCACAGAUUUCGUGGGCAAGCCUCCCAGAGGCAGCGUCGCUCCGUGGUGGGAAACAAGCAGAGAGGGAGCCCAGCUUCUACUCGAGUACGGCAUCGAGUACGACCACAGCAUGAGCCAUCAUGACUGCCAGCCGUAUUACCUACGGAUCGGCGAUGAAUGGACGAAAAUCGACUACACAAAGAAGGCGAGCGAGUGGAUGAAGCCUCUUGUCAGGGGACAGGAGACCGGGCUCGUCGAGAUUUGCUCGAACUGGCACCUUGACGACUUGCCGCCGCUCAUGUUCAUCAAGGAUGCGCCCAACAGCCACGGCUUCGUCAACGCGAGAGACGUGGAAGACACCUGGAGAGACCACUUUGACUACUUUUACCGGGAGUACGACGAGUUCAUCUUCCCGCUAACCAUCCACCCGGAUGUGUCGGGUCGCCCGCACGCUCUGUUGAUGCAUGAGAGGCUCAUCGAACACAUGAUGAAGCACGAGGGCGUCGAGUUCGUUACGAUGGAGCAGAUCUGCGACGAUUUCAAGGCAAAGAACGCGCCAGCCGAAGGGGCCAUCAUGCCCGCGGAACCGGGCGCCAUUCUUAAAAAGGCAUCGCAGUAGCAAACAAUCAGCUUG